CAUUUUCAAUCCCAUUCAUUUCAGUUAUAACUUAUAACUUAAGCAUAAGGCUAUUUCUUCUUGUAUUUUGUUUCUCAUUUCUACAUUUUAUAAAUUGGUGUCCUUUCUUGUCUGUGUAUAUUCUAGGCCAAAAUUAUUUGCUUUUUGUCUAAAAAAGAUUGGUUUUUGUUCCUUAUAUUCUUCCUCCUCCUUGCUAUGGAAUGAGAAAACUUGGACACUAUCACAAGUGUGUUGCCUUGCUCUUUAUUUUGAUAUUCUAUUCUAUGAAGAUCUAUGUUCUGUUCUGUGAAAGAAAAUGCAUAGAAAUUUAGUUGUUAACCCUUUUGAAAAUUGAAGCCUCUUGUGUUCUCUGCUUUUUCUACUUAAGUUUAGUUUUCCAAUGCAUAGUUUAUGGAUUAAAUUAAUGUCAGGAGCCUCAGAGUUUGAUGUUGUCAAUGUGAUUCUUGAGGAGGGACCAAUCAUCCUACAUAUUUUUAGUAUAUUCUAUCACUUGGUUUCACAUGUUAGUAUUUUAAUAUUCAUAUAGACUGAUUAUUUUAGUCUUAUCUGUUUUUGUUCUUUUCAUGCAACAAUCACUUGAUUCUUUGUUUAGACUAUAUGCCAAGACUAUUAAAUUUAAAUUCAUCUGUCUUUUUCUGUUCAGCUGGGUUUCAAACCCAUUCAUAUAGCUUCCGGCAGCAUUUGAGCCAGUACUAUAGGUACCAGCUUGGAACAUUAAGUUGUAAAUUCUAUAAUACUUCUACUUGAGAGAAUCUUCAGGAUUAUGUGUACAAUUGACUAUUGUUAUAGAACUAAGAAUAUCAUGUCAGAUCUAGAAUGAAGGAGGAAAGAAUCUGAUACAUCAGUUUCCAUCUGAUGAUAUUUUGGUUCAAGAACUGAGAGAGAUGGGGUGUUGUGUCUCAACAAGCAGUAAGAGCAGUUGUAGUAGUAAGAGCAAUGGAGACUCAGACUCUCCAUCUUGUUUAGAAAUCGGUUUCUGUGGUCAAAAGAAAGCAAGGAGAACAUUCUCUGAUCAUGUUGUUUCCCUGCAUCAGUUAUCAUCCUUACCAAACAGGAUUUUCUCCAAUGGAAAGAGCCGGUCUUCUUGCAUAUUUACGCAGCAGGGUCGUAAGGGUGUUAAUCAGGAUGCCAUGAUUGUAUGGGAAGAUUUCAUGGCAGAAGAUGUGACCUUCUGUGGUGUAUUUGAUGGCCAUGGUCCUCAUGGUCACCUUGUUGCACGCAAAGUUAGGGAUUCCCUGCCUAUCAAACUUCUUUCUUUUUUGCAUUCCGGUGAAUCGAGGCGAAACGGAUCAGGGAAAGCUUCUUUCAAAGGGAAUAUAAAGCCUGACACUGAAGAGUCUGAGAAAGAUAGCUCUGAUGAGGAUAAAAUAAAUUCCAUGUGGAGAGAAGCUUUCAUGAAGGCAUAUAAGGCCAUGGACAAAGAGCUGAGGUCUCAUCCGAAUCUGGAUUGUUUCUGUAGUGGGAGCACGGCUGUAACUAUAGUGAAGCAGGGAUCAAAUCUGUUCAUGAGCAACAUAGGGGAUUCCCGAGCAAUCAUGGGAUCCAAGGACAGCAAUGACUCCAUGGUGGCAAUUCAGUUGACAAUUGAUUUGAAACCUGAUUUGCCAAGGGAAGCUGAAAGAAUCAAAAGGUGCAAGGGCAGGGUAUUUGCCUUGCAAGAUGAACCAGAAGUUCCAAGGGUGUGGUUACCUUUUGAUGAUGCACCUGGAUUAGCAAUGGCUAGAGCAUUUGGCGAUUUUUGUUUGAAGGAUUACGGUGUCAUUUCUAUACCAGAAUUUUCUCACCGGCAUCUUACAGACAAAGACGAGUUCAUUGUUCUUGCCUCGGAUGGAGUCUGGGAUGUGUUAAGCAAUGAAGAGGUGGUUGAGAUAGUAUCCACGGCACCAACUCGAGCAUCAGCAGCAAGGGUUCUGGUGGAUUCUGCGG